UAUGGUACCAUUUCAUGCGAUUUUAUUGCAAGCCACAAAAUUUCCUGUCGAUAACCGUACGAGAACAUCCAAUUUAGUUGGUGAUUACUGAUUACCAUUUUUUUUCUCUCUCUCUCUAAAAUGAUAGACAAUUAGAAUAGAACACGGAUUGAUUAAACUCUCUUCUUUUAGUAGAAUGAUCGGUGUAUCAAACUCUCCUACUAUAGAAAUGGGUUCAUUUUUCUACUUCCCCUAAUCCAGUAUUAAUCCACGAUGAAUGUCUUCUUCCCUUUCCUACUCUGCCAAGUGCCUGUCGUUCGGACAUGUUUUCCCAACAACCUACGCCUCUGUUGCUUGGUUCCUACCGAUCGAGAGCAUCAUUCAAUAAAUGUUCUGCCGCAUGUUCGCUUGCGUCUCCCACGGCUCUAUCUUCGUUAGCAAUGUAUUGCUGUUCUUGUCCUCUUUCUAUCUUUUUGUCACGGCAUAUGUACACAUCAGUCCUGUAUUUUCGAUUGCUUGUCUAGGUAAAACCUACACAUGUAACAGGAGAUAUCGAAAGAUCGUCAAAACUCAAACCGACGAUCAUGAAUGUCAAAGUGGAUCGACAAGGUUUAGAGGAAUUAUCAUCAUCAACAAGUUUAGUCCUAUUGUCAAUGUUUAGUUUAAGUUUGAGUUGUUAUGUUUGUUUAUGUUAAUUGUUCUCCAAACGCAAGCUGGUAUGAUCUGUCUUGUAGUGCCAAGCUUGAGUAUUUAAACCCAAGUAUGAAUGAGAAACACCCAAGGCUUCUAGGGUUUCAUUUUCCCCCAACUCAUCUUUGUUGUUAUGGUAUCAGAGCCUCUAGGUCCUAGGGAACCCUAAAAACCUUCAACCCACAAGAAUAAGGACUAUGUCCAGAUCUGAAAAAUUUUGAUAUCUCCUGUUAACAUGUAGUUUUUCAUCAAAAGUGGCACAACAACACGUUAUAAUUUAAAAUGGAAAGCAUGAAUGAUAUUGAUCAGUGGAGGUUCUCGAUUGAUAGUAGAGCUUGAUAAGGUCGGACUCUGAAGCAACGAAGUUUAGAACAUGAGUAAUUCAAAAUAAAUAUCAUGCACAAACUAGAUAUAAUGGGUCUAGAAGACAACGAGUCGGAAUGGGUGUGAACACAACAAAAACGUUUCUUUCAUUCUCAUCUCGUUUCAAAAUAGAUUAGGCAAGUCAAAUCGAAAUAUACAAUCACAUCUAAUUCGUUGAUGGAUCACUCCGCGUUUGUAAAGUAGCUAUGUCUCUUUAUUUUCCUCAACGAUAAGUUGAGCAAUUUAUUGGGCCGCGGCGCCUCGGCGGCCUUUUAUAUGGUCACAUCUGUUGGCCGUUCUGUUUCCAAAACCAGAGAGCGGCUUACUGGGCAGAUUGAUUUAAUAGCAAACUAUACGCAGCCCACUAUUCAAGAAGCCCAUUAAGUUUAGGCCCAAUAGUCUAGCAGGCCGUCCUUCUUGUUCUCUCCCACGCGUUCCCUCUUUGUCUUGGCGGGCCACGCGCCAGUCGCGAAAACGGCAAAACCCUAAGAGGAAAUAAGAGACUUCGCGGUGGAGCGGAGCCAAAACCUUGUAAACUGACUUGUCUCUCGCAUUAUAAAUUCGCCUCUCAUAAACCCUUUUAUUCCUCACGCUCCUCCGCCUCGUUUAGCCUCACUAAACCCUAAAUUCCUAUCCUCCCUCCCGUCGAUUCUCUCCAAAGUCCAUCACCAUGUCUUCCUCCAUGGAAUUUUGGGGUGUUGAGGUUAAGGCUGGGCAGCCACUUAAAGUGACUCCUGAGGACGAUGUCAUCCUACAUCUGUCCCAUGCAGCACUUGGUGAGGCAAAAAAGACCAAGGAAAAUGAGUUUGUGCCUCUUUUCAUCAAAGUUGGUGACAAGAAGCUUGUUUUGGGAACCCUCUCUCCUGAAACCAUUCCCCAGUUGGCUUUUGAUCUGGUAUUGGAGCAGGAGUUUGAACUUUCCCACAACUGGAAGAAUGGGAGCAUCUAUUUCACUGGCUACAAGUCUAUUCUCCCUGAUGAUGAUGAGGAGUUUUCUGAUUUUGGUUCUGAGGAAGAGUCAGAGGAAGAGAAGGAGCUCCCAGUGGUGAAGGCAGAGAACGGUAAAGUUCAGAAGGCUAAGCCUGCUGCUCCUGCUAAGGCUGCAGCUGCUAAGCCUGAAGCUGCAAAACCAAAAUCCAAAGCUGCUGCGGUGCCCGCUAAGCCUGAGAAUGAAUCUGACGAUUCAGAUGAUGAUGAAGAUGAUUCAGAUGACGAUUCAGAUGAAUCUGGUGAAGAUGAGUCUGGAGAGGACAUGUCUGUUGAUGCUGGUGCUGAUUCAGAUGAAGAUGAUGACAGUGAUGAUAGUGAAGACGAGAAGACUCCAACUCCAAAGAAGCCGGAGCAGGGUAAGAAAAGGUCCAACGACUCGGCUGUGAAAACACCAGUGCCUGCCAAGAAGGCCAAACAGGCUACACCGGCGAAGACUGAUGGUAAGAAGGCGGCUGCACACACAGCAACGCCUCACCCUGCAAAGAAUGCUGCAAAGACCGUAGGUAGUGCUGCCAAGUCCCCAAAAUCUGGUGGUGAAUUUGCUUGCAAAUCCUGCGACAGGUCAUUCGGAUCUGAUGGUGCUCUGCAGUCUCACGCCAAGGCCAAGCACACUGCCAAGUGAAGAGCUCAUAGUAUAGGGAAGAGUAUCGAUGGGAGAGAAGAGAAGUGUUGCUUUUGAGUAGUCACUAAAGAGGGAGAUGGUAAAUGAGAGGUUUUUGUUGUUAUUGUUCGUGAGAAAGAACUUAUGGAGGAAAUAGAUGGAUGUUUGUGAAAGUGAUUUUGGAAAUUUGUUGGCUGUCACAACAUUCUCGGAUACUGAAACAUGUUUAUGUUUCUGUUGCAAAUGCAUCAAGUAUGGUGUUUUAACAACUACGUACGCUUUGUUGACGGCAACGUUGUCAAAUCGGUUUAAGUUAUUGAGCCGAUUAAACAAUAAGUUUAAAAUUUAAUAGUUUGAUUGGGAUUAAAGAUUUAAUGACUGA